GUGUGUGUGUGUGUGUGUGUGUGUGUGUGUGUGUGUCACAGGAAGAUUCAGAGGGAGAGGGAGAGGCGCACAGAGGCAGUGUUUGAGAUACAGCCGAGUGUGUGAGGAGGAUACAGAGACUGGGAUGCUGGCGGCGUUUCUCCGCAUUGAUGGUUAAAAUGGCGAGAGCUUGUUGGACCGGACCAAACCUCUAAACUGUAGCACAGUGCGUCCCAAGUCUGUGUCUGGAUUUAGGCUUGCUCACAUUUCUCUUCCACCUUCUCGUUUGUAUUAGCCUAUUUUACGCGUGCUGGACUAUUUCUGUGCGUUUCAAUGGCAUCCACAAGGCGCCGCCGCCUGGUUCAGACUUUUUGGGGGAUUCUCCUCAAGGCAUUGAUCGGUGUGAUGAGUGGAGCCGAGCUCUCUUUCAAGCUGGAGCCCAGUGACAUCAUUGCUGUUCAGGAGCAGCCGCUGAUGCUCCACUGCCAGGUGGACGGCAUCCCCCCCAUCACCACACAGUGGAGGCACGACGGCCUGCUCGUACCUCAGGACCGCCAUCACACCACCUUCAUCAACGGCUCGCUCCUCGUCGCUCACUUCCAGAAGACCAAGUCAGACGGCUCGUCGGACGAGGGCGACUACGAGUGCAUGGCCCAGAAUUCGUUUGGGCGGGUGGUGAGCCGAAAAGCCCGCAUCCAGGCAGCCACUAUGGCAGACUUCCACGUCCAACCAGAGUCGGUGCUCGCUGAGGAGUCUGGUGUGGCUCGUUUCCAGUGUCAGAUCCACGGUCUACCAGAACCUGUUAUUAGCUGGGAGAAGGACAGCCGUCCUGUGGACACUGCAGACGAGAGGUACACUCUUCUACCAACAGGUGUUCUGCAGAUCACAGGUGUGCGUGAGGAAGACAGUGGCAAGUUCUGCUGUGUGGCUCAUAACAGCGCGGCAGUGAAGCACAGCGCAGAGGCGCUCCUUACGGUUUCUGACUCCCAGUCAUCUGUUUACAAAGAGCCGAUGAUUGUGGUCGGCCCAGAGAACCUGACCCUGACUGUUCACCAAACUGCCAUCUUGGAGUGUGUUGCUACGGGAUACCCUCGACCCAUUGUGUCCUGGAGCAGACUAGAUGGCCGGCCCAUUGGUGUGGAGGGAAUUCAGGUACUCGGCACAGGGAACCUGAUGAUCUCAGAUGUUGGUGUGCAGCACUCAGGCGUCUACGUGUGUGCUGCUAACAAACCAGGAACCCGCGUCCGGAGGACGGCUCAAGGACGCCUAGUGGUCCAAGCUCCAGCCGAGUUCGUUCAGCCUCCUCAAUCCAUCGCCCGGCCAGUCGGCACCACCGCCAUCUUCACCUGCCAGGCUCAAGGCGAGCCCGGACCGCAGCUCACCUGGCUGAAGAACGGACAAGUUCUAGAGACCGGUCGACAUGUCAAACUCAGGAACAACAACAGCACUCUGACGAUACACAGCAUCAGUCAGGAGGACGAGGCCAUCUACCAGUGUAUCGCCGAGAACAGCGCUGGCUCCACACAGGCCAGCGCCCGCCUCACGGUGCUCUGGGCCGAUGGACUUCCUGGUGUGCCCACCAACGUGCAAGCUGAGGCCCUUUCGCCGAACACCAUCCAGGUGUCCUGGAGAGAGCCUGAGCAGAACACUCAGGACAUCAUUGGAUAUGUUCUCCACAUUCGCAGAACGUCAGACCCAUUGGAGAUGGAGUAUGAGGAGGCGGUCAGUAAGGUCACGCUGCAGCAGGUCAUCCGCGACCUGGAGCCCUCCACCAGCUACACCUUCUACGUCAAAGCCUACACUUCCCACGGAGCUAGCAAACCAUCCGACAGCGUCAGCGAGAGCACUCGUGGAGAGGUGCCAGCUCCUCCCUCCCUCUUCACAAAGGUGCUGAACAGCAGUGUUGUACAAGUGAUGUGGGAGUCUUCCCCCAAGAUGGGCCAACAUCAAGGCUUCAGGCUUUACUACAGGAGCGCGCAGGCGCCUGCGUUCGCUGGUCCUACCACCUUCCCCCGUAACGUCACCCAGUGGAACAUCACUCAGCUCGACUCUUCACUCGUCUAUGAAAUAAAACUCCUCGCGUACAAUCAACACGGAGAUGGAAACGCAACCACGAGAUUUGUUUCGCUUCGGGAGACUCUGGAGAAAUCAGUGCUGGACGGCUCGUGUGACUGCUUACAAGAUGAACAGAGCAAAACAUCCACCACGGGCAUCAUAAUUGGAAUCCACAUUGGAGUGACCUGCAUCAUCUUCUGCGUGCUCUUCCUCGUCUUCAGCUACCGGGACAGGUUAAUGAUGUGUAAGACGGUUCAGGCCACCCCCCAGGCAGCACACAGCGCAGCGCUGGAAUCCUCUUCCUCCUCUCAGGGGGCCUCCGGGCUCAACGGGGCCGCCAGGAGAGAGAUGGAGGUCAACGGCAGCGCCGCGGGGAAGAAAGUGGUCGACAGCAACGAGCUCCAGAGACUAUUCAGGCAACAUAACCCACAAGACACGUGCACGCCUGACUCGUACGUACUAAACGACAGCCAGCUGUCUACGAUACCACUGGACGAGUUUGCAGAGGAGAGGGAGACGCCUUUCCAGGAGCACCCUUCAGCCAGAGCGGCUCAGCAGGACCAAGGCUGAUCAUGUAUGAAGGCCCCUUCAAGUGGCACCUUCCUGUGUCCACUCAGACUUUUUCUCACUCAGGUUGACAAGUGUUUCUUUUUUAAAAUAGUCUUUCCUGUCAUGCAAAGAUUUUUUUUAUAAGAAAGUUAAGAGGUUCUAGAAGAUCUGGGAAGGUGUAGAGGAGUGUUGGAUUCUAUCUUUUUGCUUCUUUUCUUUUCUGCUUUUGGCUGGGAGUCUUCUAGCUAGGUGGACCACUUUAAAUGUGUUUUGCGUAUUUUCUGGUGUUUGGCAGCACAGAGAUGAGAGACCGUUGAAUGUUCCUGUUGUAAACUUACAUCUUUUAGGGUUAAAUGUUGACCCCAUCUCACUUCGCAAUGUGAAAUUGUCACAAAACUCCACAGAAAAGGAAGUUUCAAUCAUUUUGUUGCCGUUUUAUGAACUAUUGAACACGUGUCUAAAGUCUGACUUUAUAUCGACAUGUUAACAUUGUUGAAAUGUGUGCUAAACUUUCAAGCAUCUUGGAAAACUCCGUUAAGGAGGCGUUGUACUACGAAACCAACGAAAAUAUAAUAUUAAUUAAUUAAUAAGACAUACACAACAUGUAGUUGAUAAAAAAAAGAUUUAAUUAAAUGCAACAUCUACAAAAAUGGUCCAAACGGGACGAAGGAGUGAAUUUUUGUGACUUUUUCACAUUGAGAUGUACUUUAUUUUUGAGACUAUAUUUGUGCAUAUACAGUAUAUAAGUUAUUGGUUCUAAAGUAUUGCUCUUAUUCUUGGUUUUCUGUAAGUGUUGAAGACUCUUGCUGCCUGCUCCACCAAUGAUCCCACCUUCUGACUCACAGGAAACCUCAAACUUCUUCCAGGGAUUCAAAAUAUUCUGUCUCAGGACUUUGUUUCAGUGAUAUCAACAUUUUUUAUGAGUUCUCGGCCUUCGUACAGGUACUAGACUUGGUUGUGUGAACCUUGCAACUGAACAAAAAAAAACUACCUCAACCGGAAUGAAUGUGUAAUGGGAGGUUUGAAGGACUUUAACUCCCCGUGUGAUCACAACUACUCAAAUAAGGAGGAACCUCCUGCGUGGUCAAGGUGCCACUCUACCUCAGAUGUCAGCAAUCGUCUCUCCUCUCCUGCUUACUGACGUGAAAUGGACAAAAAGAGCAUCCAACAUGAAGCACUUCCAAAUGCUGAACUUAAUGUUCUACCUCAAGAUGACAAAAUUAAUGUUGUCACUCUUGUUGUUGUUGUUGUUGUUGUUAGCCUUCUUAUUGCAUAAUGAAAACCCUUUUUUCCCCUCUCUGUGAAGUCCUGGACAUCAUGUUUGUAGCGUGUCAGUACCUCAUGCUAGCUGAUCGACUGAAGACUUUAUUUACGGCGUGCUGAGAAGUUGCAUGGAUGAAACCGGAGACUUUUAUUUUGAAGUCACCUCAUCGUUUCACUGGUAGUUUGAUGAAAGGAUGAUCAGAGAUACACUGCAGCAGUGAUACCUUUUAUUUACUGUUUUAAAGAUCAUAUUUAUUGUAAAUUGGAGGUAAAAGUCAACGAUUUACAGCUUUCACUGCGGUUUACAUGUGUGUAUGCUUGUUUUUCUCAUUGCUGAACACACACAGGGUGUUUAAAACAUCCGUUAUGUGUAAACACGGUGCAUGCUAAGGUCAUGUGGCUGAAGUUUAAUAACGGCUCUAAAAUUAUUGCUUAAAUCUCUUCUUCGAUAUGCUGAACAGUUUUAGAUACUUCCCGUAAGUUAGAUGAGAGGAUCAGUAUUUUCUCACAUACAUGUUUUUAAUAUUAAAGUUGCAUACGUUGUUUGUGAUUAGCUUAGCAUAUAGCUAUCCCUUAACAUUAAACAAACAUGGUUUAUAAAUUGAUUAUUGAGCAAAGAUUAGCCACAGCGUAAUCUCUGGUUGGUGUUUAGGAAGACAUUUUAAUUUCUUUCUGUUGAAAAUGACAUUUUUAGUGUAAUCAAAGCCUGGCUGAUGGCAACUAACUAAACUCACCACCACUUCUGUAGCAGAAUAAACUAGAUCAUCUUGUUUUAUCUUUGAAAGGAUUUUAUUUUUACAUUUUGAGAGACAUUUCCAAGGUUCAGAGUGGUACUCCUCUCGUAUUUUAUCUAGCUUUGCCAGAAAGUGCGUUUGCACAUUUACAGAAACACUUAAUCUUGCCAUCAAAGACGUUUGAAAUGUAAAAUGACCUAAAACUUUUCAAUCAGUGUUUCGCUAACUCUCUUUGAGUUUGUGUUGCUGAAGUACUUUUGUUCUUUUGAUUUCUUGUAUUAUUUCCACCAUGCCUUCUUUUGAAACAAAACAGUAGCCUUUUACACGUCGGGUGCCCGCUAGACGAGACGAUUGCUGAUCAUUUGUCUGCUCAUUAUUUCCAAAACUGCAAUAGCUGCUCACUCUUCUCCCUCCCGUCAACUCUGAUUUAGUUAAAGUAGUUCAGGAUCACUUUGCUUGUUGUCGUUAGACGCUGAUGACCACAGCUAGAGCUGGCCGAGGGAGAUAGAUGAUUGUUAAGUAGCUGAACAAUCCCAGGGCCUCUCUACGCCACUUCCUGUUGUGUUCUCAGAUGCUGUAGAGGAACACUUCAACUCCUUCUGGUUACCUACCUCAACAGUGUUCUUGGCCUUUUCCUCAGGUCCAAAUGAAGAAAACUACAGAGUGUGAAAACAAUGAAAUAGUGGAGAAAUAACCCAAACGUGCAGCUGUAACAACACUCAGCCAGACAAACGGAGGGAGAACUUUUCAGGACCUUUAUGUCAUGCACUAUUGAAACGGUUCAUACUUCACUUCUAGUGGUUGUAGAUGUGUUUCAUGUUUCUUCAUAUGAGUGUGUGACAACCUUUUCCUCUCCCUGGGAGUUUAAUUAGGUCACAAAUUGGUUUAAUGAUUUUCCUUCCUGGCUGAGCCUGACGUACAACCUCAAACAUUUUAAAUUCAAAUUGUUUACAAAAGUGUCCAGAACUGGAGGCACGAAAAGGAUCUCCUUUAAAAAUGAGGACAUUUAAACACCUUUAUCUGAAUUUUGCAUUUACGGGCAAAGAAAUGAAGGGAGAGUAUUCUGCCUGGAGGAUUGUCCAUCCCAGCGGAGAGCUGUGAGUGUCUCCACGUUGUGUCAUUCUCAUGUGUCAUGCAAACCAGCAUUAUUGUACUUGGAUCAUCUCUAAAUUCAUACGUUGGUGUUUCUUUUUCUGCUGAUGUUCUUUUUGCGUGUAUUUUUUUGUAUUUAAUUGUUGAUAUCACGUUGGAAGUGCUGAACAAAUCUGGUCAAAAACCCAACACCAAUGUCUCUAAUGUUUAUAUUUAUUAACUAUGUGAGAGACGUGGUCUCCGAGGCUGCAGCAGCACUAAUCAGUGUUUUGUUUUCUCCGUUGGACGUAGUUUCGUAGAGAUACGAGUGGUGCGUUUUUCUUUUGUACUCGGUUCCGUCGUCGUAGUCGAAGUUUAAUCUCUUGCAGGAAAUUGCUGUCCCUGUGGACGUGACAGGUCUGAGUGCCGGACUAUUUAACCGGAUCCACAAGAAAUGUGGUUCAGGGGUGGUCACGUUUGCGUGAUUGAACUUUGACAAGUCGGGUUGUCAUAUUGCAGUAUAAUAUAAAAACUUUGAUUUAAUAGGGUGCUCAAAGCUGUCCCCGCUUCCUGACUGGUGCUGUAUCUCCAUCAGAGGAACAUACGGUACGUGUACUUAUUGUAGUUUCUGUCUUCAUAGUUUACAGUCUACUGAAGCGCUCUGUUGUCAAACACUACUUCCGUCAGAUAGCUAAACUGUUACGCUCCUUGUUUGAGAAUCCUGAUCUUUGGUUCAGAUUAUUGCGUGCUCAGGGACUCGUUGAUCCUUGAUCUCUAUGUAUGUCAACAAAAAGGUCCUCGUGAUCUUCAUUUUCUCCUGUAAAUUCUGCAUUUUGCCCAGGUCAGACACAUUUGCUGUAAGUGGUCGCAACCUCUGUAGGUCGUUUUAAGUAAACAAGAGACAAAAUGGCAAAAUAAUGAGCAUCUAAGCACCGCCGCUGUCUCCUGUUUGGCCAUUUUGCAAGAAUAAAAAGGAGCGCUGUCAGUAAAUUGUUAAUUUGCUUCCUCUGUGCACCCAAAGGGGUAGAAACACACUAGCAGUGGGUUAAAUCUGCCUUCAAAAAAAUGUCAACGUGAUCAUUUGGAUUAAAUAAAAUAAUUAUUUAUUGCUUUUCUCAAUCUUGCAGGUUAUUUGUUUAAUUAUAUUCUGGUUAGAUCAGAAAAUCAGAUGAGCUAGAUUGAGCUUUAGAAGAUUGUGAAAAUGUAUUGAUCUUUCAGGGUUUUUAUGGAGCGAUCAGUCAGGUUGUUGUAGAAAAAUGGACGGUAGAUUAAUCUGUGGUUGCCGCUGUAGUUCAGCCUCAGGUUCUCUUAGAGAAAGCGUGGAACGUUUAUUUUACGGUGAACAUGCUGCCAGUUUAUGGCUCAAACACUUACCACGGCCUUCUCUCUUAUGCAUUUACUAAACACAGGUGAACAGAUCACGUCAGGAGAACAUAGAACCGUCUGGCUUGAUUGGCGUGGUGCCGCAUGGCAGAUGAGUGAUUCUGUAGAUAACGGUGAGGAUGUUCAGCAGACCAGAGAUAUUAAAGGAUUUUUCCCUUUAUCAAAUGCUCACACUAGAUGCAAUCAGACCUUUCUGUAAGUACCCUUGACAUUAAUCAAACUGGUGCCAAAUGACCAUCCUGAUACGAUUGUGCGUUACUUUGAAUUCCAGUGAAAUAAUUUCUCUUUUUAUCUUUUUGGCAUUCUUCUCCGAGAGCCCAAUGACCACACAUGUCAGAUAAUCUAGAGUUCCAGACUUCUUUUUCGUCAGAUGGUGACCGUUUUUUUUUACGUUUGAGAUCAGUAUUAUAUUUUACCCUCUACUUUCUCAAAGACUGAAUCCAGAGUAUUUAAAGGUAGUAGGCAGAGGUAAAUCUACAGUAGAUCUGCAUGGAUAAAAAAACAAAACAACAAAAAAAUAAAUCUGACGUGUUAUUUUUAGCUCAACUGAAAAGUGUUGGUUAAUUCUUAUUGGACUUGUGAUGGUAACACUGUGAUAUUCCGCCAAAUAUUGGCAAAAAUAAUGUUGUGAUCUCAGUAUGGUACUAUUGAUGGUCCUGUCUCACAUUGUCGGUCGAUCUGUUAUAAUAGUGUGUAUUGAUGAAAAUACGCUGAGUGACCUUUCAAGUUGACAAAGUCCGUCUUGCCCUCGUUGGCGCCCGAUGAUCACCUCAUCCUCAUCCUGUUCCCACCUGACAUCUUGUCCACGCGAUCGUCUCAGGGGGAGGUUGUGUCACUCUUUGUAAAAAAAACACACUGUGUCCAUUUUCCUUCAUGGCCCGCCUUUUGCUUGAGGAGAAUGCCUGACUUUUAUAGAUUUUGCUGACAUAAGAUAAAACUUCUACGUUUCUCCGAGGAAUCGCCACACCUAUUCUGCAAAAUCAGGGAAAAUUCUUAUUAGCUUCUGAGUUAAAACAAUGAAAUGUAAUUUCUGCUCACAGAAACAUGGCUCACAACACGUAAAAGUGUAGAGAAAAAAAACGGCUAAAACUGCUUAUGCUUGACGGCAUAAUAAGAAUAUAAAAAUCCCUUCAAGGGGAAAAAUCAUAUCAAUAUGUUGACAGCAUGUAGGCGUAAGGAUAUUUGACCCGCUCUCGCCCAGUGAUGCCACCAGGAAUUUUACUCUUGCACAGAAUCAAAGAACUUAUUGAGGAAUUGGUAAAACUGCUAAAUGAGUCAUUUUAUUUGCUGCAGGAUUAAAACUUUAUCUUGAAAUGUAGGAAACUUCAAAACUCUGAGCCCUGAAGGACUUUAUGAUUAAAGUGGCAGUGUGUAGCUCCCUGGCACUAGGGGGCAGUAUGUACAUACAUUUCAGGGUAGUUUUACACCAUAUUACCGUGACUGUCGCUGGUUUAAAAACACAUUACAAUAAAGCCCUUUUCAGAUAGACAUUCCGGAAUAUGUGUGGACAAUUCAGUCUGGUUUUUAACCAGAACUGUGUUUUCAGACACACCACUUUUGUACCGGAACUUGUCCUUUCGGCUGCCUUCACACAGCAGGGAAAAGUUCCAGAUGUCUGGGGGGGGG